AUGAAGUCUACUUGGAACCGUUAUUACGACGUCACGAAAAGAUUGUCACUGCUCACCGGUCAAUGGCCCUAUCAGAAUAAGAGGAACAGGAUGUUGAGGACGGGUGUGAUAAUGUCGAAUGUGCUUGUCAUAAACGUGCCGCAGAUGUGCAAGUUUAUUCAGUGCGACGGGGACGUGGAGUGCAUUCUGAGGGUUAUGCCGUCGUACAUGUUGAUGAUCGUAAUUAUGUUGAAGACGUGCCUUUGUCAGUACAAGAGCAGCAAAAUGAGGAUCCUUACCAAACGCGUGAUUGACGAUUGGGAGAACUUGCAAACCCCAGAAGAGUACGAGAUCAUGAAAAUGUACGCCACGGGUGCGAAGUGGCUCGUCCUCGCGUAUUCCGCGGUCUGUCUGAUCGGUGUUGCCAUAUUCAUGGCAAUGGCUCUCAUAUCGCGAGUACUGGACAUCGUGUUGCCCCUCAACGAGUCACGUCCUGUAACGCUGCCUUUCGAGGCGUAUUACUUUGUCGACGAGAGGAAAUAUUUCUUUUACAUUUUUUCUCAAGGUUUCCUGGCCGGGGUAGUAAGUAUGAUGGGACUGGUUGCUUAUGAUACUAUGUUUAUGACUUUCGUCGAGCACGUCUGCGGCACCUUCGCAGUGGCCGGAUUUCGAUUCGAGCACCUGAUGUGCGAGAGUAUCGACAUAAUACGAGUUGUUAAUAACACUCUGGAUAAAGUGUACAACCAAAGAAUGGCGCACUGCGUGAAAAUACAUUGGGCGGCUCUAGAGUGAGUACGUAACAU